UACCUGUACGCGGCGGUGACGGCGACGGGUGAAACUGCUGUCAUUCACUUCACUUAAGACGAUCUCGACGGCUGCUGCGCUGCGCUUUUGCAGUCUGCUACAUACUACGGAUUACCACUCUCUUACGGAUCACAUACAACCACCAUGGUGCACUGGCAGCACAUCCUGGCUGCCACGGCCGCCGCGAGCAGCAGCCUCGCCUCCAACCUCUUCGUCACCUCGUACACGGGCACCGUGACGACGUACGGGCUCAGCUGCUCCAGCGACAACGGCACGAUCACGACCCUCACGGCCCAGCACACCGACCGCAACUGCGGCGCCAGCCCCUCAUGGCUGACGCUCGACCCCGCCCGCCGCAUCCUCUACUGCCUCGACGAAGGCCUCAGCACCCCCAACGGCUCGCUGAACUCCUACCGCGUCGCCCGCGACGGCACCCUCACGCCCAUCAGCCACUUCGCCAGCAUCACCGGCCCCGUCAGCGCCGCCCUCUACGGCCCCCCCGGCCACCGCUCCCUCGCCGCUGCCCACUACAGCGGCAGCGCCGUCUCCGCCUGGUCGGCCCCCGACAACGCCACCCUCGCGCCUACCCAGCAGAUUGCCUUCACCAUGGCGGCGCCCGGCCCCAUCGCUAGCCGCCAGGACGCGCCGCACGAGCACGAGGCCGUCCUCGACCCCUCGGGGCGGUACCUGCUCGUGCCCGAUCUGGGCGCUGACUUGGUGCGCGUGCUGGGCUUCUCUGCCGCGGACAAAGGUUUCCUCGCGCAGCGGGAAUCGCUGAAGAUGGCGCCUGGCGAGGGGCCCAGGCACGUCGCUUUCUUGACCGAGGGGCCGGCUAACAGCACCACGUACAUGUUUGUCGUUACCGAGUUGACCAAUACCGUCGUCUCGUACGCUGUCUCGUAUCCGCCCAACGGCGGCAUGAGCUUCAGGGAGGUGUACCGCACGCCUUCGUUUGGGACGGAACCGGUGCCCACGGGCGCGCAGGCCGCCGAAAUCGCCGUGACUCCCGACAAGCGCUUCCUGCUCGUCUCCAACCGCAACGACACGUCCUUCUCGCUACCAAACCCCAACCCGGCGAACAGCACGGCCGAGCCGUCGGACUCGCUCGCCACGUUCGCCAUCAGCCCCAACGGCACCCUGGCCUUCGCGGCGCUGUCGCCCGCCGGCGGCCGCACCCCCCGCCACUUCCAGCUUAAUGCCAAGGGCGACCGCGUCGCUGUCGCGCUGCAGGACAGCGAUCGCGUCGUUGUGUGGAAGCGCGACGUCCGGACGGGGAGGAUUGGCGAGGCGGUGGCGCGUAUGCUGGUCGGGCAGCCCACGAGCGUGGUUUGGGAUGAGGCGGGGUGUGCGUAUUGAGUGCGGAGGUACUUUGUUGCUUUUUUUUUUUUUGCCUUUGUUUUCUUUUUCUGUGGUUUAGUAGAGUGUGUCGCAAGACGGGAAUUGAUUCGUAUUCACUGAAUUGAUGAGGAGAGAGUUGGUUGGAGUGUGCGGGCGAGUGAGAGGAGAGCGGCGGGUAUGUAAAUCAACUCGGCUGCCCCACCC